UACCGGUUUAUUUUACUGGAAGGACCAGGAGAUUAUGAGCGUCUUUUUUUCUUGCUUAAUAAUCCGUUAUAUUAUGAAGUUGGGUUGUACGGAUUCUAAAGGCGAGGCAUGUUCCACCGAUAGGCUGUCUCACAUCUCGCCGAAAAAAGCAGACAGACGCCGGACGCUCCGGAGUCUACGGCUUUGUCAAAGACAGAAGUCCAGAGACACAAGAUGUUUGAGACUGGUAGAAUCCCUCUCGUCCUUCUCGACGUAACCUGCCUUAUCCUCGUUGGGCUUCCCUUUGUGAUCCUCACCCCUCAGCACAAUCCCUUCAACAGGGGUUUCUUCUGUAAUGAUGAGUCCAUCAGAUACCCCCUGAAAGAGGACACCAUAUCCUACCAGUUACUGGGGGGAGUCAUGAUCCCUUUCACACUGAUUGUGGUAGUCAGUGGUGAGUGCCUUGGCGUCUAUAUGACUCAUAUAAAGACCAAAUCAUCCUUGGGGGCUAACUACGUGGCGCGCAUCUACAAAGCAGUGGGCAGCUUCCUGUUCGGGGCUGCUGCUAGCCAAUCACUGACGGACAUUGCCAAGUACUCGAUUGGUCGUCUGCGUCCCCACUUCCUGGCUGUGUGUAAGCCUAUGUGGGACCGUAUCAACUGCAUUGCUGGAGGCUACAUCGAGAACUUCACCUGUACCGGGGACAAAAACAUGGUGGAUGAGGCCAGACUGUCCUUUUUUUCUGGUCACUCAUCCUUCUCUAUGUACUGUAUGCUGUUCCUAGCACUGUACAUCCAGGCCAGACUGCAGACAGAGUGGGCCAGGCUCCUCAGACCCACCAUCCAGUUCUUCCUGAUGGCAACGUCCAUCUACGUGGGGCUGACACGCGUCUCAGACUACAAACACCACUGGAAUGAUGUACUUACUGGCCUCCUGCUGGGGGCGAUAGUUGCGAUACUCACGGUGUUCUGUGUGUCCGAUUUCUUCAAGACGCCUGUUGAUCCAGUAGCGAUACAAGAGGAGAUGCCCCACCCCAGUCUACAGGACAACCCUGCAAAUGGGAUCCACUACGGAAGCACAGAAUGAAGCUCUGACUACAACAUGGACAAUGCAUUGAGGACAAGUAGCAUGUUAAGCUAGCUACAAAUACUUGCCAUCCGCUUCAGAGGACUAUGGUUAUUUAUUUCCAUGCAUUUCAGGUCAUUGGCAUUGACUGUCGUGGAAAUAUCAUGUUGCCUGAGCCCUGUAGACAGAUGUUAAGUCCUCUCAGAGCCAAUGAUCUUGCCUAUGUGUGUUGAGCUAACGGUCCUUGUGUUCAAUUCCUGGUCUUUGUGUGCAAUUGCGGUGCGAGGUCUGCUCUUGUUGGAACAGUUGGGAUUGCAUUGGUUUGAGGAUUGUGUUUGAAAUGAAUGAUAUUCAAGUUUGUUACAGUGAGUAAUGAGUGUCCAUGUGUGUAGCCUGGCCAAUAAUAAGUCUUACACCUGGGAAUGAAAUACCACGACUGUCCCAAAGCUUAAAUUAAAGUCAGGAGACUUACUGAGCUCUGCAAUGAUGUGCUAUGUACUGUAUAUAUUUUUUUAAUACUGCCUUCGCCAGAUUGUUGCUGGCACUUGAUCAAAGCUCCCUGGAAACUCCUUACACAUGUGUCCAAGUGUAGAAAUCAUGGCGACAAAUACACAAAUGAACUUUUUGACAUUUGUAUGCAAAUGUACUGUUGUAAAAACGGUGUUUUGAGCUUUUCGGAAAACAAAAUGCUAGCUAUGUGACACAAAUAAAGAUGGAAUUCCAUUUUGGUACUUUGGUA